AACGCCACGGCAAGUGUUGUCUUCGUGUGCUCGAGGUCCGCACGCUUGAGCUUGGAGUAGCACCGGACGUGUUGAGCAAAGCCGUAACGGUGGGCGAACCGUUGACAAAUACCAAGAAGGGUGUUAUAGCCGUGUGGGAUGAAACCCAUAAAGAAGUCAAAGUGGGUCAGUUGGGGUCAAGUGGAAGUAAACGACAAGUUCGGUUUCCAAGGGACGAAGAUGGCCACAUCGACUGUGUGAACGGCCAGUAUGCCCCACCUGGAACGUACCUGAAGAUGAAGUAUCCUCGCCAGGCGCACUUUUCGCUUGGGUGA